ACUUUGUGUUUGGACUCCUCUAAGUCAGAUGUGAAACCGUCUCUAGACGUUGCCUACAUACUGUAGUACCAUGAAGGACGGGUGCCCAGGCAAUUUUCAGCUGCCCCUGUUCUUUUAGUGGGGUUGUGUUAGAUGAAUUAGAGUGGGAAUAGAUGUCUGUGCUGACCUACACAACAGUCUCUAGCUAUUUAAAGUUCAGCUUAAAUCAAAUGAAAUUCUUCAGAUAGUCUAGUCCCAUCCCAAAGACCUGUGUGGUAAGAGAGUCACAUGGACACAGAAUGUUGUCAUUAUUGACAUGGCUAGAGCUGGAGGACAGCUUUACCCGUGGGUCUAAGGCUUGGUCUUACUAUUAUCUCGGCCUCUCAGUUCUCCCCCACAAAACCUUUCUCUUCAUACAGGGGUCACUCACCAAUCAGUGGCCGAUCCUAGCUUGAAUUGGUGGCUGUCAAGCAAGACCGUGAAAAAUGGAAGCUGUGAGGCCCCUUCCAGCCUCGAUCUGUAAGUCAAAUCCUUUUUUUCUUGUUGGUCAGUUUAUGACACAUGAUCAGUCUGGAUCCACUAGGAGGAAAACAAGCUCUAUCUCUUGGUGAAGGAGUGACCCUGCAAACGGUAUGCCCUAUGGGAGGGAUUGUUGGGUCAUGUUUGACACCACUCCCCCAUCCCCACCCCCCAUACUGGAGAGCAGACCCAUGGCUUUGCAAAUGUUAGACAAGCACUACCACUGAGGGGCACCCUCAGCUCUGGCCAUCCUUGGAAAUGGUCUGCCAUAUCAGGUAGAAGACGAGAGAGUCUGUUGGUGGGAAUGGAAAGAAAGGGAUGGAAUGACAGAUGAAGCAACUUAACAGAAGGCUUGCUAGGCUUGGUGUCGCACGCCUUCAGUCCCAGCACUCGGGAGAUGGAGACAGGUCCCACCUCCACUGGAGACCCCAAGACAGCAUGCCUCCCAAGAAGCCUGAGCCCAAGAAGGAGGCUGCCAAGCCAGCCACAGCCCCUGCUCCAGCCCCGGCCCCGGCUCCUGAGCCCCUCAAGGACUCUGCCUUUGACCCUAAGAGUGUGAAGAUAGACUUCAGUGCCGACCAGAUCGAAGAGUUCAAAGAGGCCUUUUCGUUGUUUGACCGAACUCCGACUGGAGAGAUGAAGAUCACCUUUGGGCAGUGUGGGGACGUGCUGCGGGCCCUGGGCCAGAACCCCACCAAUGCAGAGGUGCUACGUGUUUUGGGCAAACCCAAGCCUGAAGAGAUGAGUUCCAAGACACUGGACUUCGAGAUGUUCCUGCCCAUCCUGCAGCACAUCUCCCGCAACAAGGAGCAGGGUACCUAUGAGGACUUCGUGGAGGGGCUGCGGGUCUUCGACAAAGAGAGCAAUGGCACCGUCAUGGGGGCUGAACUUCGGCACGUCCUCGCUACUCUGGGAGAGAAGAUGAGUGAGGCGGAGGUGGAACAGCUGUUGUCUGGGCAGGAGGAUGCAAAUGGCUGCAUCAAUUAUGAAGCCUUUGUCAAGCACAUCAUGUCCGGGUAAAGCCAGAUUUCUCCAGGGUGCUUGUCCCUGAGUGAGCAAGGGAGAGACCCAUGGUGGCUGUCACAGAAUCUUGGACUCACACCACGUCACAGCUCUAUAAUCUCUCAGACCUACAACCCUCCCUGCAAAUAAAGAGCCCAGCACCGAGUCUCACCAAUCCCUGGGCUGUUUUUAAAACCUA